AUGCCUCCAGUUAUACAAGCUGGGGAUGACUUCCCCAGCAUUCCAGCAACCGACAACAAUGACAUGCUCAGUGGAAUCCAACCGUCACCAGAGGUCGAAGCCCUCACCGACCGAUCAGUGAUAGCGCCACUCGCGGAAAAGCCCCAUUCCCUCGUGGCACGAGAUAACCCGAAGUAUAUUCCAGGUGACGGUGCGGUAGACCCGGAUAAGAUCAACAUGCAAGGUCUGCUGGCGCUUUUUGCCCUCAUCGGAGCCGCCUUCGUUCUCGCCGCCAUCUGGUUCUUCUUCUGGGCCAAGAACGGUGGAUUCAUCUGGCGAAAGGGAGACUGGGAGGACUACAAGUCGACAGUUCUACGACGCAAGGGUCCCGACGGUGAAACCCUAAGUAAUGCGACCAAGAGUACCAAGUUGGGCGGUGGCAGUGUCGUCGGCAAACGCUAUGAUGAGGACGGCUACACUGUCUCGGGAUACACCGACACAGCGACCGAAAUAACAGAGAAGGACGGACCGAGACGCAAGCGCGGACUAAAAGAGAAACUCCUUGGAAAGAAACACGAACGAUAUGAGAACGAGGCAGAUGAGGACGUGCGCGCAUACCGUAAAGAGAAGCCAGCUCGAAUCGGCGGUAUCAACGCCGAUGCCGACGGCACCUACUACGGCAGUGACUACGACACUUCCAAUCCACCCAGCUACUACCAGCAGAGCGAGAUGAGCCAGGUUCGCGAUUACGCCUACGAGCCGAGCCGUCAGAAGAGCAAGCGUCGUGAUUUCUCUUUCACCCCGGGCACCGAAGAAGUCCUCAGCCAGCCUCCAACAGAAAAUCACCGCAUUCGCGAACCCUCUACUCGCCGCCAUAAUCGGCGUCGCGAACGACGCCACCAUGCACCCCCGACAUCGUCCUCGCGCCAGAGUAGCCCUCGCAAGCGUGACAGACGGUCUGUGCCGGGUCAUUACACCGAACCGCUCGACUUUUCGUCCGCUCCCUCGCGCUCCGAUUAUCAGUACUCGAACGUUGAUACGGAGGAUACUGGAACCAGAAGCUACCAUCACCCGAUCCCCGGGUUGAGCAAGGGAUACCGUCGUGAUGGAGGACGGAGCCGUCGCCGCGACAGUCUUAGUGACAGUGACGGCGAUGAAACUCGCUACUCGUGA